UGAGCUGAAAAUUCUUUCAGAAAUUCCAAGCGUAAAGAAAGGAUUAGAAACUCUGCACCUCCAAAGUUGUUACUAGCUCCCAUAUUUAUUUGUGACGCAUACAGACUGGCGAAAAAACAUAUCAUACUGCAACUCAAAACCAUGACAUUUCUUUAUAUGCUCCUGCUGCUGUCCGCAUUGCCACUGAUCAAAACGACAUCAAUAUCGCCAAGAAAACAAGCAGAAUCGCUCGUCAAAUGGAAGGACGACUGGUCUUCAUCAUCAUCGCCACCUUCGCUACUCAAUUCAUGGUCCCUCACCAACCUCAACAGCCUCUGCAACUGGACUGCCAUUUCCUGCUCCAAAACCAGAACAGUCUCCAAAAUAGACCUCUCCAAUAUGCAAAUUAAAGGAACACUGUCCCUUUUCGACUUUUCCUCAUUUCCAAAUCUCACCCACUUCAAUCUAAGUGGCAACUAUUUCGAUGGGCCUAUACCAUCUCAGAUUGACCAGGUAACAGAGCUUCAAUAUCUAAAUCUCCGCAACAACAGUCUCUAUAGUACCAUCCCUUAUCAACUGAGCAAUCUCCAAAAGGUACGGUACAUGGACCUUGGAUUAAACUAUUUUAUCUAUGCUGAUCAAGAUUGGUCAAAAUUUGCAGGCAUGCCCUCAUUGACCUACCUUGCUAUGUCUAUGCAACGUUAUAGUCUAUAUCAUUCAGAAUUCCCAGAAUUUAUAUCUCAAUGCCGGAACUUGACGUUCCUUGACUUGUCCCAAAUUAAUUUGAAUGGCCAAAUUCCACCUUCGAUAGGCCAACUCAGGGAGCUCCAGUACCUUGAUCUUUCAUACAACUCCUUAAACUCUUCUAUCCCUUCUGAGCUCGGUCUUUGUACAAACCUCACCCACUUGUUCCUGGCUUCCAAUCAACUCAACGGGGAACUGCCUAUGUCCUUGUCCAAUCUGAACAACCUCGUCGAAUUAAGUUUAGCUACUAACGGAUUCUUUGGCACGAUUCCGGACAAUAUAGGUUUGAUUUCUGGUCUUCAAAGUAUUGACCUGAGAAGGAAUAAUCUGGAAGGGAAAAUUCCAUCCUCUGUAGGCCAAAUCAGGGAGCUCCAGUACCUUGAUCUUUCAUACAACUCCUUAAACUCAUCAAUCCCUCUCUCUAUAGGCCAACUCAGGAAGCUCCAGUACCUUGAUCUUUCAUACAACUCCUUAAACUCUUCUAUCCCUUCUGAGCUCGGUCUUUGUACAAACCUCACCCACUUGUUCCUGGCUUUCAAUGAACUCAACGGGGAACUGCCUCUGUCCUUGUCCAAUCUGAGCCACCUCGUUGAAUUGGGUUUAGAUAAUAAUCUAUUUACUGGUCAAAUCCUUCCUUCUCUGGUCUCCAAUUGGAUUAAUAUGGAAUCUUUGCAACUUCAGUCCAAUGAACUCAGUGGGAAGAUUCCGACGGAAGUUGGAAAUAUGUACUUUCUGUUGACGCUCAAUCUAAGAAAGAACCACUUGACAGGAGUGAUCCCUCAGAAUCUAGGCAAUUUAGCUCUGCUUAAGCUGCUCGAUUUGUCACACAAUCAUUUUUCGGGGCAAAUCCAAUCAUUUGUCAACAUGUCUUUUCUUCGUGAUUUUGAUUUUUCUUAUAACAACUUCACUGGCCGAAUCCCAUGCAAUUUAGCAUGGGCACCAGAAAAUGCUUUUGUUGGAAACUCUGGGUUGCAUGGGUGUGUAGACAGAAUACCCCCUCAGCCCAACGUACCCCCUCAGCCCAACGUACCCCCUCGGCCCAACAGAAAUUUCAAAAAGGAUAACAGAAGAGUUCUAAUUGGUAUCCUUGUGCCUGUUUGUGGUUUAUUAAUGGUUACAACUGUCAUUGGUCUUAUGUUCCGUAAAAAAUCCAGUCUCGUUUUGAACAAAGUCAACACUUCUGAAAACUUUGAGAGUUUGGAGUCAAUGAUAUUGCAAGAGGAAGUAAAGUAUACGUUUGCCGAAGUUGUGAAGGCUGUAGAUGACUUUCAUGAGAAGUACUGCAUUGGGGCAGGAGGGUUCGGAAGGGUUUACAAGGCAGAGUUGCAAUCAGGCCAAGUUGUUGCAGUUAAAAGGCUUAACAUGUCAGACUCUAAUGAUAUUCCAACAAUCAAUCUCCAUAGCUUUCAGAAUGAAAUCCGAACUUUGACAAGCAUCCGGCACCAGAACAUCAUAAGGCUCUAUGGCUUCUGUUCAAGGAGGGGUUGCAUAUUCUUGCUUUAUGAAUACUUAGAGAGAGGAAGCCUGGGAAAAGCUUUGUAUGGAGUUGAAGGUGUUAAUGAACUCGUUUGGGCAACUAGAGUCAAAAUUGUGCAAGGACUUGCUCAUGCACUUUCUUACUUGCACCAUGAUUGCUCUCCACCAAUUGUGCACCGUGACAUAACCGUCAACAAUGUAUUGCUUGAGUCUGAUUUCGAGGUUCGUCUCUCAGAUUUCGGAAUAGCCAGGUUAUUGAGUACUGAUUCAUCCAACUGGACAGAUAUCGCUGGUUCAUUUGGCUACAUAGCACCAGAGCUUGCAUACACUAUGCAAGUCACGGAUAAAUGUGAUGUAUAUAGCUUUGGAGUGGUGGCGCUCGAAGUCAUGAUGGGAAGGCACCCAGGAGAUAUGCUAGAGUCCCAGCUACAAGAAUCAUCAAAAUCAAGGAGGGACAAUGUAGAAUUGCUCCUGAAAGAUUUGUUAGACCAAAGGUUGGAACCGCCAACCAAUGAAUCUGCAAAGGCAGUGGUGCUUGUAGUGAUAAUGGCCUUGGCCUGUAUACGAACGCGUCCUGAGUCCAGACCCACGAUGUUAUUUGUGGCACAAAAACUCUCAGCUCAAACCCUGCCUUGUCUUCCUGAACCAUUUGGUAUGUUGACAAUCAACAAGCUAAUGGCACUAUAAAAAAUAAAA